GUCUGACCUGUUGCAAGUAUAUAAAUUCAUGUGAAGGCAAUGUGUUAAUUUGACCCCAAAAUCGACCCACACCGUGGAUCAUAUGACACGGAACGCGACAUUUAUGGGAUCUCACAACAUCCCUAAUCGUGCCUGAAGCAACUUGUUGACGACAUAUAAGAGCGACUGUCCCUAGCCAAAGAAUUGGUGAGCAAUUAAAACAACCACACCGUUGCAAACAUGACUCGUCUUGUACUAGCCGCGGCCUUGAUCAUUUACAACCUCUUUGCGCUCAGCACGGGAGUGGACGCCGAAUGCGAGGCCUGCCCUAAUUGCGAUUACGAGAGUAUCAGUAUAUCGCAAGGGGAUGCAUGUCUCAACUACUGGACGUGCUCAGGCGACACCAUCUCGUGCUUUUACCCUUCUGUUGCAAAUCCGGGAACAUUCACAGAGUGCUCAUACAAUCCGCCGAACGAUUGGGCACUUUCAUCAGGCCCCAGCGACAUAUGUUUUCCGUAUGCGGGAAUUAACUCCAAGUGCCAACCUGGAAAUGACCCUUACAACCUUGGCAUCCCAGCCUGCACUGCUUCAUACGGGUAUGUCGGUGGGGUAAACAGUGGACUAUUGUAAAGGAAAUGGAUUAGGAGUCAAAGAGCCUGGUAUUGAUUGUGGUCGAGUUAGAAAUUAGGCAGAAAACCUAAUUUCGCAGACAGUUGAUUUGGCGUACUUUCGAUAGUGGUCUUUCCAUAGGCCAUCACUCAAUCCUAUGCUCGUGGUCUCGUGCAC